AUGGAUCUGGAGCAACGGGUUAAGGCGUACCGCUUCGUCGCCUAUUCAGCGGUUACGUUCUCCGUCGUCGCCGUGCUGUCCGUAUGUGUCACGUUACCUAUGGUCUAUAACUAUGUACAUAAUGUUAAACACACGAUGCACAACGAAGUCCAUUUCUGCAGAGGUUCCGCAAAAGAUAUUCUCCGAGAAGUGAGCCACCUGAAGAAGAUCCCGACGGCUAACAGGACUGCACGUCAAGCAGGUUACGGUGACGCCGCCGUAGUUGGUGAAACGACUACGGGCUGCGAAGCAUGCUGCUUACCAGGACCGCCUGGUCCAGCCGGACCACCAGGACGACCCGGUCGACCCGGCAAACCAGGAGUACCAGGAGCUCCCGGAGCACCUGGACGCCCGCCACAGCAACCUUGCGAACCAAUCACACCUCCUCCAUGCCGCCCAUGCCCUCCAGGUCCACCUGGACCACCUGGAAUGCAAGGACCACCAGGCAAUCCUGGACCCAAUGGCGCACCUGGAAUGGCAGGCCUCGAUGGUGCUCAAGGUCCACCUGGACCAAAAGGACCUCCCGGCCCCGCAGGAAAUCCCGGAGCACCUGGUAAUCCAGGUCUUCCUGGUGAAGAUGCGGUGUCAGAAGGCAUCAUUCCCGGAGAACCAGGGCCACCUGGACCACCUGGACCUCAAGGACCUCCUGGACCGGACGGCCUUACCUGGCGCACCAGGAGCACCAGGUUAGUUUCACUCGUUGUCAAGUAA